AUGACGAGAAACGAAGAGGAAGAGGAACUAGUGAGGAGGGCAUCUACCAGCUCCACCACUAGACUGAGAGUCAGAACGGACCCUUUCCUGCUGGUCUGUAGGGGCUUCAGCGUCAUAACCGCUCUCACUGCCAUCCUCUGUAUUGUGGUCAACGUUCUCUCAGCCAUUCGAUCCUUCAAGGACGGAUCCGAUAUAUUCGAUGGGAUAUUUCGGUGUUACGCCGUUGGGAUUGCGUUCUUUGUGGUUCUGGCCGAGACGGAAUGGGGAUUCAUCCUCAAGUUCUCGAAGGUGUUGGAGUAUUGGGCUGGUAGGGGUAUGCUGCAGAUAUUCGUUGCAGUGAUGACAAGAGCUUUCCCUGACUAUUCUGGGGUGCAGGAGGACCUUAUUCUUCUUCAGAACAUAUCAAGUUAUAUGCUUCUUGCUUGUGGUGUACUCUAUUUAGCUUCGGGGCUCCUGUGCAUUGGACAUCUCAAGCGUGCACGGCAGAAGAAAGAGAUUACAAGGGACCAAGCUGUCAAGGAUCUGGAAGAAUUGGAGCGGCGUAGAGAGGAACUUGAACAAUGGCUUGUCACGGAAAGGGUCUAAGGCAAUUUGCAUGAGUAAGUCAGAGGCAAGGAAACCAAGUCUAUUUUGCCAUUUGCUCUUGCGUUGUUCAGUCAAUUUGAAGAGGGAUGUUUUUGCUCCUUCUUGACCAAGUAAUUGCUAGUUAUUUAAACAAGAGAAACCCCAGAGAUCUACCUUUUGAAGUCCUUGAAGUUCAGUUUUGAGCAGCUAGCAUCGUGUAUCCAUGGAAGACGGUGCCUGAUGCUACCCAUUUUUUUACAAUUGGCUAAAAACUUGUCUAUUUGAGACUUGUACCUAACAUUCUUUAUUCAUAGUUCAUUUGUUUUCUAAGAGUUACCUGAUCCAUAUCGAAGAACAUGCAACUAUUUCGGUUCUUUAAUUUGGAAUGAAAGAGUGGUCAGUAGUUUAUUUGAAA